AUGGAGAACGACCGCGGAGACCUUGUUGACCUUUACGUCCCCCGAAAGUGCGCUGCCACUGGCCGCAUCAUUGAGGCCAAGGACCACGCUUCGGUUCAGAUCGCCGUUGCGGAUGUUGACUCGAACGGACGUAUGAUUCCUGGUCAAUCCACCAUCUUCCCCUUGUCCGGAUUCGUCCGUCAGCUUGGUGAGGGUGAUGAUUCGCUCAACCGUCUUGCUCAAAAGGAGGGUCUCCUCCGCAACGUCUGGAACGCCCAGAAGUAA